AUUUCGUAGGCGUCGUGUGUGGAUCCCCCAACUCCCACGCCAUUCUCACUUCUCAACACGUAAACCAUUUCUAUAACUUGCCUUCAUAUAACUUCCCAAUCGCCAAUUCACCUGCUCACUUUCCUUGUUUUCAUUCCCAAGAGUCCAACACCUAAGUUACUCCAAUUCUUCUACCAAACAACUUCCAUCAAAUGGAAUAUUUCACCACAUUGCUAUUACUCCUUUCAAUCAUCAUCCUCACCAUCCUUUUAUCCACAAAAUUAUUCACCAAAUCCAACUUACCUCCAGGACCAAAACCAUGGCCUAUCAUAGGCAACAUCCUCGAGCUAGGCAAGUUACCUCAUCAGGCAGUUGACAAGCUCUCAAAAACCUAUGGCCCUAUAUUAUCUCUCAAACUCGGAAGCAUCACUACAAUAGUAAUAUCAUCCCCUGAAAUCGUUAAAGAAAUGUUCCUCGAGCACGACUUAGCCCUUUCUAGUAGGCCUUCCCCGGAUGCUUCGAGGGUGGGAAACCAUAACAAAUUUUCCAUUGUUUGGCUCCCAGUGUCCCCCAAAUGGCGGGACCUUAGAAAAAUUGCUACUAUCCAAUUGUUUACUACUCAACGCCUAGAUUCUAGCCAAGAACUACGGCAGAUCAAGGUGAACGAGCUGGUUGAUUAUGUACGACAGUGUUGUGAAAAGGGUCUACCUGUUGAUGUUGGUAAAGCCGGGUUUACUACCACGUUAAAUAUGUUGUCUAACACGUUUUUCUCCAUGGAUUUGGCUAGCCAUGCUUCUUCGAAUUCGCAAGAGUUCAAGGAUCUUGUUUGGAGUCUUUUGGAAGAGGGUGCAAAGCCUAAUGUGUCGGAUUUUUUCCCGAUAGUUAGAGAAUUGGAUUUGCAGGGAGUAUCGAAAAAUAGAAGGGUGCACAUGAAGAAGCUAAUGGGAAUUUUCGAGGAAAUCAUUGAUGGAAGGUUGACAAAGUUAAAGGAUGUGAAGGAUGAUGUUCUAAGUACUUUACUCAAACUUGUUAAGGAUGAAGAAUUGAACCUUGACGACGUCAAACAUAUGCUCAUGGAUUUAUUUUUAGCGGGAACAGAUACAACCUCUAUCACAUUGGAGUGGGCGAUGACAGAAUUACUUCGCAAUCCAGAAAAGAUGGAAAAGGUUCAAAUUGAGUUGGACAAAGUACUUGGCAAGGAUAGUUCUCUGCAAGAGUCAAUGAUCUCAAAAUUACCAUAUAUUCAAGCAAUAGUGAAAGAAACAUUAAGAUUACACCCACCAACUCCUUUCUUGAUUCCUCACAAAGCAGAAAAAGAUGUAUUGUUAUGCAACUAUUUAGUGCCCAAAAACUCAAUUAUUUGGGUUAAUUUAUGGUCGAUCGCUCGUAGUCCAAGUGUGUGGCCAAAUCCAGAAUCAUUUUCUCCUGAAAGGUUUUUGGAGAUGGAAAUUGAUAUUAAAGGACGAGAUUUCAAACUCAUACCCUUUGGAUCAGGAAGAAGAAUGUGUCCUGGAAUGCCACUUGCUUAUAGGAUGACACAUAUGUUGUUGGCUACUCUUCUUCAUUCAUUUAACUGGAAGUAUGGUGAGGCAAGUCCAAAAGAUAUAGACAUGAAAGAAAAGUUUGGGUUGACGUUGCAAAAGGCUCAGCCACUUCAAGCAAUUCCAAUUCCCAGAUGAUCAAUCUCUUUUAAGGAGUUAGACGAUUUCUUUGUGUCAACCAACUAGUACUUAUCGGAACAUUUAUUGUUAAAUGUGUCUGUUAGAUGUACAUAUGAUGUUGUUAUACUAAGAAAUAACGGUGUUUAAGUGCAACAUGGGACAAGAGGAUUAUGUAAAGUAUCCUAGAUUUUAUUAGGUGCUCCUACACCUAUGUAUUGGUGCAUUUGCACCAAGUCGUCUGUAGAAAACUUGAGACUUGGGAGGCAAGAACUUUACCUCUGUAAAAAAAACGCGUUUUUUGCA